GCAGGCGCUCUGCCGCGGAGCUGUUUGUGGUUUCUGCGGAGGACGGACGGAAGGAAGGAAAACAGGGGCGCCAGCGGGCAGCAGCGGCCCCUCCGCCCGGCCAGACCCUGACGCCGCCGCCGCCGCGCAGCUUCUGGCACCAUGUCGGAGAACUCCAGCGACAGCGACUCCUCCUCCUGCGGCUGGACAGUCAUCCACCACGAGGGCUCUGAUGUGGAGGGUCUGGCUUCUGAAAACGAAGGGCCGAGCGGUCCCACGGAGCCGGGCUCAGAAGAACCUGUGACUCUCCUGCCGGAAGAGCAGCAAGGGGAGCCGGCGGCCGUUCAAGCUGAAUUUGGCCAAAAUAAUAAUGCCUCAUCAGCAGUAGAUCCAAGUGGCUCCUCCUCCUUGGAGAUUCCUCCGCCCGCUGCAGGGGGUGAGAGAGAGAAGUUGCCGGAGGAAGGCUCUUGUAUGGGGGCGGUUAGUGAUGAUUCUGAUAUUGUCACCCUCGAGACGCCUAAGAUUGAAGAAAUCGGAAGCCCGGGAGACGUCUCCCUUGGAGAGGAGGAAGAGGAGGAGGAGGAGGAGAUCCCCAUCUCAGGAGAUUUCCACAUGGGCUGUUCUUCUAGCAGCCAGUACACGUUUUGCCAGCCAGAAGCAGCCUUCCCUCCUCACCCGAGUGGCGAAGAGUCCAGCAGCGAUGAAACGAGCAACGGCUCCGGCCCCACCCUGAGACGCCGGCGGGCAAAGAAAAGGCCGGCCUCCGGUUCCGAGUCGGAAGACGCGCCGCCUCUCGAGCAGGACACUGAGCUGGCGCAAGAGCAGCCGCGCAAGCAGCCGUUCGGCCGUGGCCUGAAUCAGUGUGUGAUCCUUGCUUUGGUCAUUGCGGUCAGCAUGGGCUUUGGCCAUUUUUAUGGGCUUCUGGAUGGUACAAUUCAGAUCCAGAAGCGCCAACUGAUGGUUGAGAAAACGCACGAAGAUGAGCUGAAUGACGUGAAAGGCCACCUCCUUCAGUGCCAGCAGGGGCUGGGAGGCGAGUGCCAGUCGCUGAAGGAAGGCCUGGCCACAUGCUUGCUUUCCACGGAGAAGGAGAAGGAAUCCUUUGAGUCCCAGACGUGGAGCCUUGCUUCUGAAAACCAGCACCUGCGAGCAUCUCUGGAGAGGGAGGAAGAGGCCUUGGCUGUGCUGCAAGAGGAGCUGAGGAAGCUGAGGGAACAAAUAAGGCGUCUGGAGAACCUGAGAGGUGCCGGCCCCGAUGACCCCGUGGCGAUGGAGAACCAGAAACUGAAGGCCCACCUCCAAGAGGAGACGCACCGGCGACAGAGCUUCGUGCAGCAGAAGAAGGCCUUGUUCACUGAGGCGCAGAUGCUGCGGCGAGAGCUGGACAAGGAGCGCCAGCUGACGGAAGCGCUCCGGGAGGAGCUGGAAAAGCUCAGCUCCCAGCAGGCGUCCCCUGCAGCAGCGGCAGCGGCAGGGCCUCGUGGGGGCCCGCACCGAGAGAGCGAAGACAUCGAUGCUCUGCGGGGGCGGCUGGAGGAGCUGGAGAAGAAGCUGAGCUUUGAGCAGCAGCGCUCCGACCUCUGGGAAAAGCUGUACGUGGAGGUCAAGGACGACGCGGAGAAACGAGAGCAAGCGGAAAAGCCCGUCAAGACGGACGGGAAAGGAGCCGCCGCCGGCAAAGGCAGGAAGAAGGCCAAAGCGGGCUUCUUUGGGUCGGUGAAGGAGACUUUUGAUGCCAUGAAGAAUUCGACCAAGGAAUUUGUAAGGCACCAUAAGGAAAAAAUCAAGCAGGCCAAAGAAGCGGUCAAGGAGAACUUGAGGAAAUUCUCUGAUUCGGUCAAGUCCACCUUCAGACACUUCAAGGACUCCACAAAGAAUGUGUUUGAGGAGAGGGACAAGAGGAGGCACGAGGGCCAACGGUCCAAGGCCGGCAAGAAAGGGAAAGCGGAUCCCCACCAGCCCUACAGGGCUCCCGGCAGCCAGAGAGAGUCCCAAGAGGGGAGGGGGGCCAGGGAGAGCCGAGGCCCCCGAGAGGCCGCCUUCUCCGCCCACAGCCAGAAGCCCCGCCCCAUCCUCAAGGGCUGCUCGGGCAUUUUUGAUUGUGCUCAUCAGGAGUUUGCGGGCCUCUUCAACCGAGUUCUGGACCCAAUCCGCGCGGAUGAAUUUAAUCAGUUAAUGCACAAGUAUUUGCAGCAAGAAGUAGAGAACUUCCAUCACUGGAGAGAACUGGACGGCUUCCUCAGCCAGUUUUUCCACAACGGGGUCUUCAUCCAUGACCAGAUGCUGUUCACGGAUUUUAUCAGUGACAUCAAGGAUUACCUGGAAGACAUGGAGGAGUACCAGCGGGGCAGGGAGGGGGUGUUUGAGGAUGUGGACACUUUCAUCUACGCCUACUACUUCAGGCAGGAUCACCCCCCUCAGCAGGGACCCAGUCAGCCUUGGAAACGGGCUCCUUUCACCCAGCAGGAAAGACCCUCCCCAAAGCACCCGCAGCGCCACAGAAGAGAAAGAGAAGGCAAAUGGCACAGACAGGGGCGCACGAACGGCAGGCACGUGGCCAACGUAGAGAUCGAGUGGGGCCAGCUGCCCUUGGAUCCCAAAUACUGACCCUGCGGCCAAAUGCGAACGUGGACAGGCACCUGUCUGGAGGGAGGGCUAGCCUCCUCAGUUCUUCCCAGUUUGGCCUCCCCAUGACUUUCUCCUCACCAAGGACCAGCCGGGCUUCUCGAUCCCUCGCGCUCUCUCUCUGCCUGGUCUUCCUGCCCCUUGGGAAAUCCUAAUUUGGCUGCAUUUCUACAAUUGCAAUAAAUCUGGGUACGCAGUAGUUCGUGUGUGGGGUUGUGUGGAAAACAAGCUUACUUGUGGAUGCUAGAAUGCAACCUUGAUUCAGGCCUGAUGCCCAAGUCAUUGGGUGGUGUGUGACGUUCAUCUCAUUAUGUUCAGAAUCAGCUCGGUCUCGUAAUUGUGUCUUUGUUCUUGUGUUGCCGGGGCGGGGGGGUGGGGGAGGGAGGGGGCCAAUCUUGACUUGAGGCGUGUGUUCUGGUGCACUUUCUGAUCAACCUCCUGACUUGCAUUUGAAAUUUCCUGCACAUUUGCAAACUCUAGAAGGAAAAUAAAAUAAAAAAUGUGGUUGGCGAAGAAA